AUGAUAUUAGUUUUACCUCGCUUUCUCAUUAAGUGCCUCUUGCAGGAGACGAUGUCAGCUGUGAGGACAGCAAUAGAAGACAACACGACCAACAGGAAACGUCCGCGACACUGCCGAGACCUUCUGACCGCCGGCGACAACGGGGCCGGCAUUCGGCAGGUGUACCCGUUCCUCAAACACCCGUAUGUCUCCGUCACCGUUUACUGUGACCAAACUGUCGAUGGCGGCGGCUGGACCGUAUUUCAGAGACGCCGCAACCUUACUGAACGGGAAGAUUUUUACCGUACAUGGGUCGAGUAUCAGCUUGGAUUUGGUCAUCUAGAGGGCGAGUUCUGGCUGGGUCUCGACCUUCUCCACGAGCUCACUUCUGUCACUCUUCAGGAAAUGAGGAUUGACCUCAAGGAUUAUGAGGGAGAACAACGAUGGGCAAAGUACGGACGCUUCAAUAUAGGGUCUCCUGACACAAAUUAUCGCAUCAGCGUCGGAAGGUACACGGGCGACGCAGGAGAUGGGCUGGAAGGCGGCAUGCACGAUGGGUACCCCUUCUCCACCCACGAUGCUGACCACGAAAGUAAUAGUUUAAACUGUGCUAGCAAGUAUGUAUCCUCAGAUUCACUUGACUACAUGUGA